UGUUCUACCUGGUGUUCCACUGUGGAAUUCACACCAAAUUUGGGGUUUUUCCCCAUUUCGGUUGGGAUUUUGGGGUUUCUGCCCCCAGGGGGGUUUUUCCCCACGGGGGGUUCAUUUUUGGGGUCCCUGACCCCCCAAAUUUCCCCUCCAGGGCUGAUCCUGCUGUUCUACCUGGUGUUUUACGGGUUCCUGGCCGGGCUCUUCGCCCUCACCAUGUGGGUGAUGCUGCAGAGCGUCGACCCCCACGUGCCCAAGUACCAGGACCGGCUGCUGACCCCCGGCUACGGCAGCGGCCGGCCCUGCCUGCUGGUCAAGGUCAACCGGGUCAUCAACUUCUUCCCGGGGAAGAACAAGAGCAUCAACAUCGUCUGCGCCGCCAAGCACGAGGAGGACGCGGCCCUGCUGGGGCCCCUGCAGCUCUUCCCCCCCAACGGCACCAUCGACCUCAUGUACUUCCCCUACUACGGCAAGAGAGUCCACGUGAACUACACGCAGCCGGUGGUGGCCGUGCAGUUCUCCAACGCCACGGCCAACGUGGACCACCACGUGGAAUGCCGCCUCAACGCCGCCGGGCUCCGCACCGACGACGAGCGCGACAAAUUCGCCGGCCGCGUCGCCUUCCGCCUGCGCAUCAACCGCGAGUGACCCGCCCCGGAGCCCCCCGUAGCCCCCCGGCUCCUGCCCCGCCGCCGGCCCCCGCUCGGCUCUAAUGCCCCGCCCCGCCCCCGUCGGGAUGCUCCUAAUCCCAGGAUAAUAAAUGUACAUAGAUAUUUUUUAUAUGAUAAAUCUAUUAAACGGCGCAGUAGGGCCCUGGCUCGUCCCCUCCCGCCUCCCUCGUGUCCCA